CAGUAUUCUUACUUAAUACGGAAGGAAAUUAUUAAGGUCAUUUACCUCUUUUUCAUUAUAAUUAAGGAUAGAAGGGAAAUUUUUCGAGAGAAAAAAAACAUGAACAAUGUUUGUGCAUAUGGAAUGGAUUUGUAAAGGUGAAUACAAAUAAAAAGUUGAUUGAUGAUUGGAUGUGAUUAAGUUAAGUUGUAACGAAGAUGAUAUUAAAAUCAAUGAUGAUUCCAGACUGAUUAUCCUGAAGACAUCACAUUAAGUACGACAACAUCGCCAUCAGCUGACACAAAUUAUAAAUUACAACACAGUCCCUGUGUGAAAAUGAAGAUAUACUUCUGUGGAAGUGUUCAAGGUGGUAGACAAGACGCAGAGCUGUACGCUACUAUAAUUGAUGAACUGAAAUCUAAGUAUGGUGAAGUACUGACAGAAUUCGUUGGAUCGCCAACAGUUGAACAAGAUGAAAUCAAAAUGGGAAGUAAAGAAGUGCAUCAGUUAUGUUUGACCAAAUUAAAAAGUUCCGAUGUUUUAAUUGCAGAAGUAACACAGCCAUCGCUUGGUGUUGGUUAUGAGAUCGGAAGAGCAGUUGGAAUGGAUAAGAAAAUCCUGUGCCUUUUCCGACCUAACUCAGGAAGAAAGCUGUCCAGUAUGAUAGCAGGUCUGCAUGAUAGUCAUAACGUAACGGUAAAAUACUAUGACGGGCAAGACUUUAAAGACAUUCUAAAAGUCUUCUUUACAAAUUCAUGAUAUACCAAUAAAUGCCAGCCACAAAGACGGGAUGGAAGUUUGUUACUUUCGUUCAUUUUGAAACUGUUUUGAAAGUGACUACGGCAAAUACAAUGAGCUUAUGUUUUGUUUCAAUCUAAGGCAUAAUAGCUGUUUACAUGAAAUUGGAAAAAGUCUUUUGUUUUAUUGCACAUACAUAUCUGGUGCAAGCCACUUUACUUGAACAAAAAUGGACCAUAUGUAUUUUGGUGUAGGAGUUCACAUUCUGUAAUAAACCACAUACAUAAUAUCAAUAUAUACAUAUACAGUAUGUUUACUCGUUUAACUUAUUUAACUUUUUAACUUUAAAUUCUUUUUAAUUUUCAACAUUGUAUUCACCAUAUAGCCACUCUCAAAAAAUAAAGUAUUAGGACGGUCA